AGUUACUUAAAACACUUUAGGCGGCAAUGCAAUAUGAAUAAAAUCAUAUUCUGGGUGCUAUUCGUAUCGUUUCUGGGAUUUAUCAGAGCUGCUGGCGAAGCGCCCACAGAGAAGGAUGUGCAGGCGCUUUUGGAUAAGGCGACAAAGCUUAAUCAUGAGCUCAAGGCAAAGAAUACUAAGCUCAAAGACAAAGUAAAGUCGAUUCAAAAAAUGGACGAGGGGCUCAAAACGUUAAAGAAAAAUAUCGAAAAUUGCAAACCAAAUGGCUUGGAUAGAAGUGCAAAUGUUCCAAAGGCCUACCGCUCCCCACUGUAUAAAGCCUUGUUGAAACGAAAUCCGAAUUUGAAAUUCGAAACAGUUCAAAAAGAGCUGGUAACCUGUCUAAAAAAAUAAACAGAUAAUCAUAGA